AUUCGUUCACGAAUCAGACAUCACUACCCAUAAUUCCACAGACCAAAACAGGAAUAUAGGAACGUUACUAGUACUUUAUCGGUGAGAAAGAAAUAAGUAUUUUUUGCGUCAAUACACGAAAGAAUAAGACUGCAGGUAGCCCGCCAUGUCUUUUAAAAGGGAGGGUGAUGAUCAAAGUCAGCUAAACGUACUGAAGAAACGACGCGUUGCAGAUCUUCUCUCUAACUUCAUUCCAGAUGAUGAAGCUACUCUGAUGAAAAACGGAAGAUACAGCUGCCUUGUGUGUUCUCACCGUCCUGUGUUUGACACUGUUGAUAUGCUCAUGGUGCACAGGAGGGGAAAGCGACACCUCGAAGGAAUGAAAUGGUUCUACGGCAAAAAGAAUCAACUUAAACAUGAAGUAGAUAAAAGGCGACAUCAAGAUUAUGUCAAAGCAGAAGAUGAGCGACAGGAACCCUCCAGUUCAGCUCCUCUGCUGAGUCAAACACGUAAAAUUACCCAUCAUGCCCUACUCAGAACUGCUCCAUACAGUAGCUGCCACAGAAAGGCCAGUAAACAAUUGGAAUCGUCAGAAUGUGGCCAAGAAGACAGCAAAGAUCAAAUCAACAAUGUUAACUCAUCGACACAUUCAUCCAUUAGCACAGGAAGUAUUGACUGCAUAUCAACAAGUAGUCCAACAGGUACAACAAAUGUCUAUUUGAAGGCAUUUUGUGCUUAUAUAUUUGACAUUUUCCAUACGCAUUGUAUUAACGUGUCAUUUGUAGUACAACAGGGACAGACUCAAGGGAAAGAAGAGACAAAGAAGGAGAAGAAGGGAUCCAGCACCGUGUGUGAGCCUGUAACAGAGCAGAGACGCAAAGAACUGGAACACUACCUCAAAUUAAAAAGUUCGGGGUGGCUGCAGGACAGAAGUGGUAAAUGGGUUAAAGAUGAGAAUGUUGAGUUUGACUCGGAUGAAGAAGAACCGGAUCAGUUACCUCCUAGCAGCGAAUCUUCAUAGCAGACUCAAUACUGUUUAACAACUGCCAGGAAUGCUUCAGGGUGCAUUUAAACUAAGCCGCUUAUGAGAUGAUGAUAUUGUCUUGAUAGGCACAACUCUCAUAUGACAUCAUAUGACGUCCGUGCCUCUUUGACCUACUUUAUAUACAAUAAGGUUGAAACUUCAAGACAUUCUUUCUAGAGAAGAGUUUGCAAAGUGUAUUAGUACUAUGUACUUGCCAUCUUGUUGAAACAGUUUCUGAACUAGCAAUGUCAUGUUUCUGUGUGAAUAAAGUGAGGAGAUUGUGACCUCAUUGA